AUGGUCUUCAAUCACGAUGAAAGCUUUGGGAAGUACGAAGCUUUUGCCACCAGCAUUGAAGAUUAUACAUAUACCUUUGUCAAGGCUAUCAUGUCUCUCGAAUAUCUUCAAAGUAUACGAGCUGGAAAGCCUGCAUGUGGUGCUUUGGAGGUAUUACGCAGUAGACCCUUUGACAUUGCUGACAGAGGCGCGCGGAAGGGAUUCCUGAAAGGCAUCAUGGCAUUUGGGCGGUACUUCGUUGAACGUCCUGAAUUCUCAUUUCCCAUGCGCAAGUCCGCCAUCUCGUCUUCGCCUCCAAAUCAGUACGCCCCUCAUAAUCAUCGCGAUGAUCGUCCCCAACAAUACCGAACUACGGUCUCUCAGGACUUCGCCCGAAAGGUUUUUUACAGUGGGGGGACAUGCCAGUGUCCAACGACAGUGGUAUGCCUUGCAGAGGGUUCGAAAUAUUCUCUAACAUACCGCCUAAUGUAUUCCAUGCUCCACCAACAACUUGGCGUUCCUUCUCGCAAAGAUCUCAUGCAAGGGCCGGAUGAAAUAGACGAACUGCUGGAGAAAGGAAACCCCUUUAGGGAGUUCUUUGAACAUCUCUCCAAUGCCAUAUUCACGGGGCAGGCUAAGGAUGAAGAUGACGAGGAGCCAGUUACCGAAUGCUUCACUGCCGCAUCCUCACAAGAAAUUCAACCGGAGAUCUAUUCAGAGCUUGCGCUGAAGGCGUUCAUAAAAGCCAUAGUGAAGAUCAUGGGCUCUAAAAUCAGCCCUAAAUGGAAGAUUGCGGUGUUUGUAUUCCUCUUUCCUGUGCUAAUUUCUCGGUUGGAUUACUAA